AUGGUGCUUGCAAUGCACGUCGCGCCGCCGGGGCUGCCGGUCGCGCGGCGCGGGAUGCUGCUUUGGAUGGUGGGCAUGGUUGCUCUUUGGGGCUGUGCGAUGGGUGAUUGUACAGCAUUGGCCCAGCAGGCCUUGGUGCGUCAUUGCACGCUGCGCCCCACGAGCAUGGCGUGCACGCUCGACACGGAGAGUCUCCAACCGCUCACGGACGACGGUGCUGGCCAUGCGAGUACGGCCCAAGACUCGGCUACCCAGCAGUAUUUUGAUAACUGCGUUGAAGCAAUCGCUUUUGUCGGGACGAGUACCGCGCCCCUCUCGGCAGCUGUAACGCUCGGCAACUUCACAUCACGCAAAGCCAGUCGCCUCAAUUUGUACCGUGUUGAUUUUAGCAAAAGCAGUGACUGGGCGUCCCUGUGGACAGCCUUGCCCAAUGUCACCGUGGUGCAGAGUGAUUUUGUACUGCCCGCCUACAUUUCUGAAGCUGUGACUCACCUCACGCUCCACAACCUCUCGACCGUGGACAACCGCCAUCUGCCAGAUCUCUUGGCUCAAUUGCCCAACCUGGUUGAACUUCAUAUCGAAGACAGCCUGCUCGCUGCCACCAAACUGCGACUCUCUGCUCCCAACCUACGCAGUCUGCGCCUGUUGCAAUGUGCUCUGCCAUCGCUGGACACGGACCUGCUGAUCCAGGCGCCAAGCCUGAUCGAGCUCAACCUCAGCAGUAACAACAUUGUCUCGGUGUCCGCUUCCGCCUUACGUGCUGCGCCCGCCCUGGUGAAUUUGACGCUGGCCAAUAACCGUCUGACCACGCUGCCUGGCUCAUUCUUGAGCUCGAUGACGCAGCUGACUUUCGUGGACCUAGGACACAACCGCCUGACGGAUUGGCCCAGUUUGGGGGCGAACUUGAAGCAUGUGUUCCUGAACAACAAUCGACUCUCCACCCUCGGGCCGCUACACCCUACGCUCCAAACCGCAAGCUGUCGUGUCAAUGCCAUCAAAUCCGUCAGCAGCCCCGUCUGUGUUAACGGGGCGUCAUUGACAAGCCUUGAUCUGGGUCUGAAUCGGCCACUCCCUUCACUCACGACGGCUGACCUAAGCAACUGCCACCAGUUACUUACAUUGUACCUAGACGGCACGAAUGCCAAUGUGGUGCGCGAGGCUGGGCUGCUACGUAGCUUGACUCGUCUUGAGCGGCUAUCGCUUGCGAACAUGGCGCUACAGUCCCUGCCAGAGCUGGCACAACUCACCGCUUUGCGUGAGCUGGACCUGACGGCCAAUGUGCUCACCACUCUCGCGUUGCCAAGCCUCCCACGCUUGAGCACCCUUGCCUUUGCCCUGAACGCUGUGACGGAACUGGUUGCUCUGAAUUUACCAGCUCUACAAAUGUUGAAUGGAUCCUCCAACGCGCUGGCAAGCAUCGACUCGGCGCUGUUUGCAAAGAGUAGCGAGCUUCGCGAGCUGAUCCUCAGUCACAACGCGCUAACAGCUGUACCGCCCACCCCGCAGCCCUGCCGUCUGAUCGAACUUUGGAUCGAUGACAAUGCGCUACAGACACUUGACGGCGUGGGCCUGGAGCGUUGCUUCAACCUCACCACCCUCGCCGCCAUGAACAACCAGCUGACUGCUAUGCCAGCCUCGCUAGUCCAAGCCCUGAGUCGCUUAGAGACGCUGCUUUAUCGAAACAACCCCGUCAUGGACCUCGAAGCGAGCACAUUCAACACCGCGUCACAGCUGACCACACUUUCCAUCCAAUGGAACCGUGGUGGAGACUUUGACUUGAACUGGCUUGCGUCUUGUUCAAGCUUGCUCUCCUUCCUGUUAGCUUCGGAUCGCGCCGUACGACUGCGUGGCUCCCUAAUAGCAAGCAACCUGCAAUUCCUCAGCCUGUCCGGGCUGCAACUCACCGAAGCACCGCCAUUGCCCUUGACCAUCUCCAAGGUCGAUGUCAGCAACAAUUCUAUCACCAGUCUUCCAGCUGUCAGCUUGAAUCAUUUUCCUCAGCUCUUCUUUCUCAACCUCUCUGGCAAUCGCGAGCUUGAGGUGGACACGGACUUUUUAAUGGGCUCAAAACAGCUGCAGUUUGUGGAUCUGAGUUCAACGCGCUCGUUGUUGAAAAGCGGCGAUAUUUGCCGAUCUAUGCCCAAUUUGACAGCUAUCAUCGCCAAUGAUCUGUCUGAGCAAGCUGCAGACGAGGGCCUCGCAGACUUUAUCACGGGCUGUGCUCUGGUCCUCAACAUCCUAGAUCUCUCAAAAAACGCGUGGUUGAACAACGUGAGCUUUAUGCAAGCUGCCUUGCAAUCGGUUGAGAUUAUGCUGACGGACAACAGUGUGGAUAACAAGCCUUUUGCUGUUGUGCAGCUCCAUGAUCUGCCGCUCUUAUGUCUUCACGAGGAGCGCCCGGCUUCAAUCUUUGACACGAGCCUGGGCAUUGCCCUCUUUGUUGUCUUCACCCUAAUGCUGGCCGUUGCUUUGGGCUACGGCAUCUGGCGCGCCAUUCACUGGCUGUUCGGCAUGCGCGAGGAACUGGAGCUGCGCGAGCGACUACUGGCUGAUGCAGAGGAUGACGUCAUUGCCCUCAAGCAGGGGUGGCAUAUCGACGCAGAGGACAUUAUCCUUGGACGGCGGAUUGACGUGGGCUAUGAGGGGGCCUUUGGUGAUGUCUAUCAAGGCCAAUGGAACAGCUUUGUGGUCGCUGUCAAGGUGGCUAAGGCACGCGUCGGUCCGAUGCAGACUGAUGAACGUGCCAUGUUUCAGCGUGAGGUUGACUUUGUCAUGCGGGCCUCGCAUCCCUGCCUGGUGCACUUUUUUGGAUUUGCCUACAUGGAUGACCGGCCAGCCCUGGUCCUUGAAUUUGUUGAACUCGGUUCUCUGGAUCGUCUGUGUCGUGAGACACCAGAGCUCUUUGAUUGGCCACGCCGCUGCUCACUUGCACUCGACGUGGCACGCGGCAUGCGUUAUGUUCACGAGGAGAUGAAGAGCAUGCAUCGCGACUUAAAGCCCGGCAAUGUGUUGGUAACACGAGACUGGCGUGGCAAGGUGAAUGACUUUGGCAGCAUGAAGUAUUGCUUUCAGAGAUAUCAGCAGAAAUUUGCAUCGACCUCAGGGCGUGACUUCUCAACGAGCUCCAGUCCCAUCAGCACGCCCAACGCCUCAUUGGAUAAGACUGUGAUGGUGGGCACGCCUCUCUAUGCGGCACCCGAGGUCUUGGAGGGUAGCAAAACGUAUGAUCGCUUUGCUGAUGUGUGGAGCUUUGCGGUGCUGAUGUGGGAGAUGAGUGCGCAUCGUAUUCCGGAUCUGCUUGCCCAUCGUGAGGCAGCGGAGGGUGUCACGUUUCGAGGGCCCUACUUGUCCAACCUCGCAGCCUGUUUGGCCGAUGGGCAUCGAUUGCCCAUGGAUGAGAGUUGGCCAGCGUCGUGGCGCUCGACCAUGACAUUGUGCUGGGCCCAAGAGCCCGAGUUACGACCGAGCUUUGCCGAAAUUGUGCUAGAGAUGAGUACGCCUUUGUAA